GAUGCACUAGUUAUCAUAGAUAAUAAUGAUUUAAUAUUGGCAUUACUUUAAAUAUUGAAAUUAUGUAAAAAAAAACACGAGUGUGGGUUUAUAAAAGUACCUGAAUUAUGGCAUUUUCAAUUGGAAGUGAUUUCAGUACCUCAUUUACACAGGACUCUGAUGAAGUUCAAGAAAUGUUCUGUGAGUUUUGUAAUAAGCAAGACAAUCAAUAUGUUCCUGCUGAGGGAUUUUGUGAGGAAUGUUUAGAGUACUUGUGUAGGACUUGCCUUAAAUACCAUAGAGUAUACAAGAAAUCUCAUACCAUAAAGGAUAAGGAUAACAUGCCACAGGAUUUCUGUCUGGAGAAAUGUUCUGUUCAUCAAGAUGAAUUAGUCAAGUUCUAUUGUCAAGCUUGUAAGAAAUUUGCCUGUGCUGAAUGCAAGACUCAAGACCAUGGGAAUUGUAGUAUGAUCAGUUAUUUACCAGCUCUUGUUCAAGGGAUUGAAAACAGCCAAGAAACCAAAGAACUCACUGAAAAUGUUGAUAAGUUAAUGAAAGCUUUGGAAAAUACAGAAAAAUAUGUUAACAUAAACAUGAAAUAUGUUGCUUCACAAGAAACAAAAAUAUUAGAUACAGUUAUGAAAAAAAAGAAAGAAAUAUUGUCAGUGUUCGAAAAACAUCAGAACAAAGUAAUUCAAGACCUUGACAAAAAGAUAGAAGAAACCUUAAAAAGACUUAAACAAGAGAAAAAAGAGAAGAUUGAAAAAUUACAAGAAGAUCAAAAUAGAUUAGAAAAGUUAUUAAAUAAUGAGGAAAAUGAAAUAAAGAAGAAAAUUGAAAUCAUAAAAAAGGAUGACAAGAAAAUUUUGCAGGCAAUCACAGAGAAGACCUCAAAAAUGAAAAUAAAACUAAAAGCCAUAUCAACAGAGCUGAUUCAUCACCAAAAUACAGAUCAAAGGUGCCAACUGUUUGUUGCUAUGAAGAGAGGUGAAGAAGUCAUUGAACAAUUGAAACCAGAUGCAGGAAAACAAUGUAAAGACAAUUUAAUUCAUUAUUACAAAGUAGAAUGCAAAGCUUCUGAACAAAAUAUAACCAAUUUACAAGACUGUCACAAAUUUUUCACCUAUCAAGAAAUACAUGAAUCUGAAGUACAAAGAACUGCUUGUUAUUACACAGAUAUUAAAUUAAGAUGUGCCUCCUUGUCAUCUUUAUGCUUAAUAUCUGAAAACUGUCUUCUGAGUACUAAUUCUAAUUUUAAUUGUAGUGAGCUGAUUAUAUUCAAGGAUUUGUCCGUCAGCACUACAUCAUAUGAUAUAAUAGACCUGCCUUCAUACCCUUGGGCUGUUGCUAAAGUUGACAAUAACAAAGUGGCUAUCACAUUUCCAAGACUUGGAAUAAUAAGACUGAUAACAUUCUCUAAGUCUAUGACAGUGACCAACAAUGAAGAAAUCAAAGUAGGAGGAGAAUGUUGUGGUGUUGCCUAUAGUAACAACAAGCUUAUAGUAUCUUACACAAACAGACCAGCAAAAGUAAAGAUACUUGAUAUGUCUGGUAAAGUAUUGAAAAUAUUUGAUAAAGAUCAGCAUGGGAAAUAUCUGUUUGUUAAUCCUGAUUACUUAACAGUCAGUACAGACAACACAGUUAUAUAUGUAUCUGACUAUGAGAAUAACUGUGUGAUAGGUUUAACUUUUGAUGGGAAAGUCAAGGCCAUUUACAAGGAUGACCAGUUGAAGAGGCCAUAUGUAGAUAGGUCGGGAGCAGUGUUUGUAUGUGGAAGUUGGUCAAACAAUAUACAUCAAUUAUCAUCUGACCUGACCAAGGUGAAGAUUCUACUAGGAUUAAUUGAACCAGUAAUUGUGGCAUACUGCCAAGUUAAAAACAGAUUGUAUGUUAGUCAACAAGAUGCUCACAUUAAAGCGUAUGAUUUAUCUGUGGAAUAA